AUGGCGCCGCUCUCUCUCCGGGCGCUCUCGCUGCUCGGGCUCGCAGGAGCCGCCGCAGCCGCCGUGACGCUGUCUGUCGCGAAGUCCGGCGGGAAUGCCACGUCCCCGUACAUGUAUGGCAUCAUGUUCGAGGAUAUCAGCCACUCUGGUGACGGCGGCUUAUACGCAGAGCUGAUUCAGAACCGAGCAUUCCAAAACGGCACUCUCGACGCUUGGAGCGCCGUGGGCGGCGCCACGCUCGCUCUCGACACGUCCACACCGCUGUCGCAGGCCUUGCCCCGCUCGGUCAAGGUCACGGGCGGGCAGCACACUGCAGGACUGAAGAAUUCGGGAUUCUGGGGCUUCGACGUCAAGAAGUCCAAGAAGUACACGGGCAGCUUCUACUCGUAUGGCGAGUACUCCGGCCGCUUUACCGUCUCGCUGGUCUCGAAUACCACCAGUGAGAUUUUCGCCACCACCACCGUCAAGUCUAAGUCGGUUGCCGGCCGCUGGACCCAGCACACCUUCGAGUUGCGGCCAACCAAGGACGCGCCAGACAUCAGCAACAGCUUUGUGUUGGAGUACAAGCCAACGCCACACACGGAGCUGAAGUUCAACCUGAUCAGCUUGUUCCCGCCGACGUACAAGAACAGGGCCAACGGUAUGCGUCCCGAGCUUAUGGAGAAGCUGAAGGAACUGAAUCCCACCUACAUCCGCUGUCCCGGCGGUAACAACGUUGAGGGGAACUACGCGGGCAACUACUGGAACUGGUCUGCCACCGUCGGGCCACUGAAGGACCGCCCUGGCCGCCCGGGCACGUGGGGCUAUUACAACACGGACGGGCUCGGCUUGGUAGAGUACAUGCACUGGGCCGAGGACCUGGGCAUGGAUGUCGUGCUGGCGGUCCCCGCGGGCCUGUACCUGGACGGCGAGGUCGUCUCCGAGGCCGACCUGGCGCCGUUCGUGCAGGACGCCCUGAACGAGCUCGAGUUCCUGAUGGGCGACGUCUCGACGCCGUACGGGGCGUUGCGCGCCAAGCUCGGCUACCCGAAGCCGUGGAAGAUCAAGUUCGUCGAGAUCGGCAACGAGGACAACCUGUGGGGCGGGCUCGACUCGUACAAAGGCUACCGGUUCCGCAUGUUUUACGACGCCAUCAAGGCCAAGUACCCGGACAUCUUCAUCUUCUCGUCCACGGCCGAGUACAUGUACAAGCAGUCCGGCCGCGACUACCACGAGUACACCCGACCGGACUACUUCGUUUCGCAGUUCGGCAUGUUCGACAAUUGGACGGCCGGGAACCCCAUCAUGAUUGGCGAGUUCGCCAGCAUCCAGAACAACACGGGCAAGCUCGAGGACACGGACUGGAACGCGCCCAAGAACCCGUGGUCCACCUGGAUCGGCUCCGUAGCCGAGGCUGUCUUCCUGCUCGGCGCCGAGCGCAACAGCGACCGCGUCUGGGGCGUGAGCUUCGCGCCGCUGCUGCAGAACCUCAACAGCUACCAGUGGACUCCGGACCUGAUCUCCUUCACGGCCGACCCCGCCGACACAACAGUCAGCGUAUCAUACCCGAUUCUCUCUCUCUUCGCCAAGCACCCACUCACCCACACUCUCCCGGCAACCGCCGCCAACGGCACGUCCUUCGGCCCAGCCUACUGGGUGGCAGGCCGCAACGACGCGGCGGGAACCUACCUGCUCAAGGCGGCGGUGUACAACAGCACGGGAGGCGCGGAGGUGCCGUUCCGCGUCGGCUUCGACGGGCUAUCGCGCGGCGCCCCCGCCACCCUGACCGUGCUGACUGCGCCGGGCGGGCCGUUCGCGCACAAUACCCCCGCGAACAAGAACGCGGUCAAGACGGCGGUGACGCAGCUCCGGGCGGGGGAGGGCGGGGUGCUGGAGUUUAGCCUGCCGGAUUUGUCGGUUGCUGUGCUCGAGGCGAAGUGGUAG